CCAGGACUGUCCAGAGGAGAAGGUCCCAGAGAACCCUCAGGAUGAAAAUCUGAUUGAUAUCAAGAUUAUCGUUAAAGAUGAACCUGAAGAGGUGACGGAUGUAAUGGACGAUCUGCAAUAUGGACUCGUAGAAGGAAAUCCACUAGAGAGAUGUCCCCAAGAAGAGCGGAUGAUGGGCGAUCCCCCGUGUAAGAGUGAGGUGGAGGAGGACAUUCCAGGAGAUGUCACCACAGAAAAUUCCUGCAAGAAUUCUGUUGGACAGUUGAUGUCACUGAAUUAUAAAGCAGAAGAUAAGGAUAGCAUACCGUGCUCUUCAGGACAAAACCUCAUCAUUACCCUUAAUGUACAUCCAGGACUUCACAGUACUGAUCGUUCAUAUAAUUCCACUAAUCAUCAGGAACCUUCUCCUGGCCAAUCACAGAUUGUUACCACAAGUACAGGUCAUAAGGGAAGUAAAAGGUUUCAGUGUGGUAAACAGCUUACAAAAAGCUCAGCUCUUUCUACACACAGAAGAAUUCACACAGUGGAGAAGCCAUACCCCUGUUCAGAAUGUGGGAAAUGCUUUACAGAAAAAUACAGUCUUGUUACACAUAAGAGACGUCACACAGGAGAAAAACCAUAUUCAUGUUCAGAAUGUGGGAAAUGUUUUACAGAUAAGUCAAGCCUUAUUAUACAUGAGAGACGUCACACAGGAGAGAAGCCAUAUUCAUGUUCAGAAUGUGGGAAAUGUCUUACAGAUAAAUCAAGUCUUGUUAGACAUGAGAGAAGUCACACAGGAGAGAAACCGUAUUCAUGUUUAGAAUGUGGAAAAUGCUUUACACAAAAAUCUGAUCUUGUUACACAUGAGAGAAUUCACACGGGAGAAAAACCGUAUUUAUGUUCAGAAUGUGGGAAAUGUUUUAUACAAAAAUCAGAUCUGAUUAGACAUAAAAGAACUCACACAGGAGAGAAACCAUAUUCAUGUCUAGAAUGUGGGAAAUGUUUUAUUUCUAAAGCACAUCUCAGGAAUCAUCAGAAAAGUCACACAGGAGAGAAUCUGUAUUCAUGUCCAGAAUGUGGGAAACAUUUUACACAUAAAUCAUUUCUUGUUAUACAUGAGCGACACCACACAGGAGAGAAACCAUAUUCAUGUUCAGAGUGUGGGGAAUGUUUUACACAGAAAUCAAAUCUUGUUAGACAUGAGAGACAUCACAAAGGAGAGAACAUGUAUUCAUGUUCAGAAUGUGGGAAAUGUUUUACACGGAAAUCAAAUCUUGUUACACAUGAGAGAAGUCACACAGGAGAGAAGCCAUAUUCAUGUUCACAAUGUGGAAAAAGUUUUAUUACUAAAGCACAACUUAGAAAACAUCAGAGAAGUCACACAGGAGAUAAACAGUUUUCAUGUUCAGAAUGUGGGAAGUGCUUUACACAAAAAUCGGAUCUUGGUAGACAUCAGGUAAUUCACACAGUAGAGAAACCAUUUUCACAUAUUUUAACAUAUUAGGUUGUCCAUGGACCUUAAACAGCCAAUAAGAAGGUUUAUUUUUUGGGGUGGAAUUAGCCUGGAUCUCUGAGAUGACCAAAUUAUACAUGGAGGAAAAGUAUUGUGGAUAUAAGGAAGAGAAGAAGAGCCUUGGUUACCCCCAGAGCAGUGAAGAUAAAUUGUUCUCAUUAACCUUGCUUCUUAUCACUGUAUUCACACCUCCAUCCACACUGCGGGAGACUCCAGAGUCACAUGGGGGGAAGUAACGAUGCUCCAUGUAAUUGUUUUAUAACGUAUGUGGACAUAUAAUUUCAUCUUAACUCGAACAGUAUUUAAAAAUAAAAUAAAAUCUGAUGUUCGCACAACAGCUUUACCAUUGUUACUAACAAAGAAAUUGUAGAAAAAAAUUCUGCAGCACUCCCAGAAUGUUCAAUAGUAGUGUCCUUCAUUCACCUAUACGAUGUUUCAGUCCUCUUACUCGUACUGAUUAAGAAAAGUCCCAGUAAAAAAGACUUUGAGUCGCCCACUCAUUUAAGCUGUAAUUGAAUAACGACUAAACUUCAUUUAUUUAUCCUUAUUUUUAAUCCUCUAUAUAUUAUGUUUUCUUUCAGUUUUUAAUACAGGACAAGUAAAAAAUGAUAUUGACAUUUGCCUAUAGCAGAUGAACAGUCUCUCCGAGAUAUUAAAUUGAAGCUGUGUGAAGUGCCAUAUAGACAUGCAAAUUUCUUGAAACAGGUUUUGGUUCCAAUUUUCGGGUAUGAGUAAAUUCAGCCCAAAUUGAAAGUGCUUGGAUUGCGGUGAAAAGUUGUGUAUUACACUUUGUGGCCUUCUAGGUCCCAUAUUUUUCUGUCGCUUUCUUAUUUUUCUAGAAUUUUUUUUUCUCUUCCUCCCAUUUCAAGCUUUGUAACAUGGAGACAGAAUUAGUACUCUCAGAGUGACAUAUAUGACUAUGGGUAAACGCAUGGUUGACA